AUGGAACACUACAAUACUCUUGGUGAAGUUGUCUAUAACGAGAAUGUCAAGCAUUGGCGUUUCAGAGUGAAAAUCAUAAGGAUCUAUCUUUUCUAUUCCUAUGUUACCGGCAAAGGACCACCCAUAGGCCUAGAGAAGCAAGAGGAAAAAUGGGUGGAAAUCUUUAUUGUAGAAGUUGGCCGUGCCCAUUCAGGUUUCAAGGCAGCAAAAUCCAAAUUCACACUAACUGCUACUGGCGAUACCCAAAUCCACAUCUUUGAUCCUCUAAAUGAUCAGCUUUACUUUGAGUUCAAAUGCAUUCAUGAAAUCCCUCACAUGAGCUACAAAGAGAGAAAUUUUCCCAUAGAAGCCCAUUUCGAUGAUCCUGAAGGACCAAAGAUGGUGUUUUACAUAAGGGACAACAUUGAGAGUCAGAUAAAAUGUGUGGCAACUGGGAAACAUGCUUAUGCCUUCUGGGAAGGGUUUGAAAAUAGGGGAGGUCGUCGACAGAAGAAUGACUUCAGACCGAGGGGGGCUUAUCUGACUUCAGGUUCAAUCCAUGCUUGCCGGAGGUAG